CUUGCCAUGAUCAUUUCCAUUGCCUACUUCAAGCAGCUUCAGACACCAACCAACCUCCUCAUCCUCUCCAUGGCUGUCACGGAUUUUCUCCUGGGAUUCACCAUCAUGCCAAAUAGUAUGAUCAGAUCUGUGGAGAAUUGCUGGUAUUUUGGGAUUAUGUUUUGCAAGAUUCAUUAUAGCUUUGACCUGAUGCUUAGCAUAACAUCCAUUUUCCAUCUUUGUUCAGUGGCCAUUGACAGAUUCUAUGCUAUCUGUGACCCUUUACGAUAUUCCACCAAAAUGACCCCUGCAGUCAUUCGCCGGUUACUACUUGUGUGCUGGUCAGUACCCGGCGCAUUUGCGUUUGCGGUAGUCUUCUCAGAGGCCUACGUGGAUGGAAUCGAAGGCUACGAUGUCUUGGUGGCUUGUUCCAGCUCCUGCCCUGUGAUGUUCAACAAGCUGUGGGGGACCACCUUGUUUAUGGCGGGCUUCUUCACUCCUGGGUCUGUGAUGGUGGGGAUUUAUGGCAAAAUAUUUGCAGUGUCCAGAAAACACGCCCGUGCAAUUAAUAGCUUGCCAGAAAAUCAAAAUAAUCAAAUGAAGAAAGACAAAAAAGCAGCCAAAACUUUAGGAAUCGUGAUGGGUGUUUUUUUAAUGUGUUGGUUUCCCUGUUUCUUUACAAUCCUACUAGAUCCCUUUCUGAAUUUUUCUACUCCUGCCGUUUUGUUUGAUGCUCUCACAUGAUUUGGCUAUUUUAAUUCCAGCUGUAACCCUUUAAUAUAUGGUUUCUUUUAUUCCUGGUUUUGGAAAGCACUCGAAUACAUUAUACUAGGUAAAAUUUUCAGCUCACAUAUCCAUAAUACUAAUGUGUUCACUCAAAAAGAAACUGAAUAG